AGCCCACGAGAGGAGUGCAGUGCCUCGCCACGAUGCUGCUGCUGCUCUGCCUGCUGCUGUCCUGCUGGGCCCCCAGCUGCCCCAGCCCCCUGCCGCUGGACAAGGACUGCCCCAGCACCUCCUCCCUGUCAGAAGUCAUUGAAGAUGUUGAGAAACUACAGGGCAGCAAUGAAGCCAUACCUCCGAAUAAUAUAAUCCUCAUGAUGGAGCAAGGGGAAGAGAAUGCAGUCACCUACCUGGAAGAAUUUAUUAGGGCCCUGGAAAGCAGCAAAAAGCAGAUAAAGAAAGACUUUCUCAGGAAUCUCCAGAAAAUCUAUUCUACCGGGAAGAACUGCACCGGGUGGCUGAUACAUAACUGGGAGCCAAUGGAAAGCGAUGACUUUUUCAAGAAUUUUGAAGAACUAUUGAAGUUCCUGAACAUGUAUGGUGUCUCAAAGAAGACGUCAUAACUGUGGAGCAGCCUGCCAUGCCGUGGAGCUCCGCGCACCCUCCUUUGCACAUCCUCAUUGACAAGCAAAGCUCCUGGGAGAUGUUAUUUAUUCCUCUAAUUAUUCAUAUUUAUUCUAUUUAUUGGUAGGAACUCCAAGUUAUUUAUUUUUAUGAUGAAGAAGUGCAUUAACUGUUUAAUUCACUCCAUUGGUGUGUGGGGAGGAGCCCCGUGGAUCUCACUCCCUCUCCCCGCACACCAUUCUGUACCACCCCAUCCCUCGCCACACAUUGGGGUCAGCGCUUUGUUCCUGCACCCGAAGCUUCCAGAUGUGUUCAGUGCAAUUUUGCAUCUUUUUAGGAGAGUCGAUUGCAAUUUUUGGAGAACUUUCUCCUCCAAGGAUGGGAUGGUUGCUUUUAAAUGAUGCCAAUGUGCCUCUGUGAGCUGAAGAACGUUGUUGUGCUGUAAAGGCAGUGACAAUUGCUUUAAAAUAUAAGAAAAAUUGAGGUGCAAACUGCUUGUUCUCAAAGACCCGAGUGCUGCCAAGACAUCACGUAUGCAAUUCGUACAGUAAAAUAUUUGGGAAAUUUGCAAGCAGAACUCUAUGAAAUGUAAUCAAACUCUAAUGGGAUCUAUGCAAAAUAAAUCUCUUGCACGAAUGUGUAACUGUCA